CCGGCCGCGCUGCGCUCAACGGUUCCCAGGCUGGCCGGCAGAGCUGGGGCAUCAGGGCUGCAUUGCCGCGCGCACUGUCGGCACCAGCGCCGCGGGCCCCGCGGCACCGCUGCGCCCGCCGCCGCGAUGCUGGGGCUGCUCAUGGCGGUGCUGGCCCUGGCGCUCGCCUACUUCGCGCUGCUGGACGGCUGGUACCUGGUCCGCGUGCCGUGCGCCGUACUGCGCGCGCGCCUGCUGCAGCCCCGCGUCCGUGACCUCCUGGCUGAGCAGAGCUACUCGGGCCGCGUGCUGCCCUCGGACUUGGACCUGCUGCUGCACAUGAACAACGCGCGCUACCUGCGCGAGGCCGACGUGGCGCGCGCCGCGCACCUGGCCCGCUGCGGCGUGCUCGGGGCUCUGCGCGCGCUCGGGGCGCGCGCCGUGCUGGCCGCUUCGUGCGCGCGCUACCGCCGCUCGCUGCGUCUGCUCGAGCCGUUUGAGGUGCGCACCCGCCUGCUGGGCUGGGACGACCGCGCCUUCUACCUAGAGGCGCGCUUCAUCAGCCUGCGCGACGGCUUCGUGUGCGCGCUGCUGCGCUCCCGCCAGCACGUGCUGGGCACCUCGCCGGAGCGCGUUGUGCAGCACCUGUGCAAGCGCAGGGUGGAGCCCCCUGAGCUGCCAGCCGACCUGCAACACUGGAUCGCCUACAACGAGGCCAGCAGCCAGCUGCUCCGGGCCGAGAGCGGGCUCGGCAGUGUUGUCAAGGACCAGUGAGCGCCACAGCCUACCCGCCCUGCCCACCAGCCUUGACCUCGGGGCAGCUGCCCACCCUUCCCCGCCUGCCAGGAGGCAGAGAGCGCAGAACGGGCUGGCCGGCUGGGCUCUCUCUGAGCUGGAGUGGCCUUGCGACCGGCCCAGCCCCCUUCGCACGCCCAGGGCCCUCCCCCGCCCCCAUUAUUGAUGCCCCUCUCCACCCCAUCCCACGCGGAGCACGGGGUGCGGGUGACACAGGCACCCAGACCAGCUCCGAUGCGCUCAGGAUGAUGACGAUGGGCAAACUGGGAGGCCCAGGGCCCUUGGCGUGCAGGCAGCGGGGUUUGGGGGUGGCCCACCCAGCAGGUGCAGCCCCGUGUCCGUGUGUCUAGUUGGGGGAGAGCGCCUGGAGCAGGGGACUGGCUGGAGUUGCCCUGAGCACCGGAGCUUGGAGUCCGAGCUGCCGUGGGGAUGAGGCCCAAGCAGUCCUGGAGGCAGGGCUGGGGCGGGCACGGCAAGGAGCUGGGAAGGAUCAGAGCGGCAUUUCAAGGCAGAUCCCUCUGGCUGCGAGUGAGGGAAGGGGAGGCCCAGGGCAGAGUCUGGCAGACCAGGGGUCAGGCAGGCUGACCCAAGGGCACUCAGGAGGGAGGCCUGGCCACCGGGCUCCUGGGAUGGGGGCGGGUCCUGCAGCAGAGGCUUGUGGCCCUGGAGAGUGUGCUGGGGCCAGUGCAGGUCCGAUGGCACAGGGGCUCCAGUGCAGGUGGUGAACUGUCGUAGCUGGGGGUGUCCUAGCUGGGGCCUGCUGCUGAGGAGGGAUUGGGGUGUGGGAUUCUGCCUGGGUGCCCUCACCCAUCUUCACCCUUCACCCCGGCUGGCUGGGGACAGAGGUCAGGGCUCUGGGUGUGGGAUUGCUGCUUUCCCGUGUGUGGGGCUGCCCAGGGCAGGGUGCCUGCUCCCCUGUGCCCCUGCAGCUGCCCCCUCCGGCCCACGGGGCAGGCCAGAGCAGCUGGGGCCCAGGACUGCCCCCUUGCCACCCAGUCCACGACCCGCUGCCAGCUGGAGCCAGGAGCACAGCCACACCCCUCAUGUGUCCCCACAGUGUCACCUGCCUUAGCCACCGUGGGAACACUGCAGUAUUUCUGUUUUAUUUAAAGAAAGCCCAGGAGUAAAGGGUCUUAAACGUGA